UAUGCCUUCUGAAGUUUUAUUUCCUAUUUUAAUACAAUGAAUAUGUCUACACAUUACAAUAUUGUGGAUUUUUAUGCUUUACAAUUGAGCUUCUUCCUUCAAGUUUCUUUGAUUUAUUCAAGAGAUAAAAGGCCUACAGCUUCACAUUCCUCAGGAUUAUUUACAAAAAGAAGGAUGGCUCAGCCAAGGCUAAAUUUAGGUUAUAGUUCCUUAACUAAUAUUAACAGUUUUCAAGUUUAGGUUUCAGCUUUUGGGACAUUACUGUUACCCUGAAAAAUGUCAUGUUUAAAAACACCUCACACCCUCUACUAUAGAUUGGGAAAUAGGCUUGAGGACGGGAUCAAUAUAACCUCCGCCCCGGCGCAUACCCGGGAGAGUUGCAGACGGUCUAAAGGAUGUGGUGACCUCAGCGCUGCGUCCCUGCAGCAACCGGCGAUGCUGGGGCACAGGCCAUAACCCCCUAAGCUCGGCAUCGCCUGCACCUCUCACAGGUGCUCUGUCCGCCACAGUAACGCUCUAUGGAAAUUAAAGUUGUAAGGCGAACGACUGAAGGAGCCAAACGAGGUGGAUCCGGAGCGGCCACAAGGUGCUUGUGCUGCUGGCUUUUAACACACAGUAAGACGAGUGCCAAGGGAUACAAAAAGCCACAGGGGGAAUAAAAAACGACAUAUCUGCAUGGAGCCUAAAUUUAGCUUGAUGAUUUUCAGGGAAAAAGCAUUACAUAUUAAAAACAAACAUUGCUAUUUUACGGGAAUACCGGAUUUAAAAAUCCACACAACAUAAAAUAGGCAGCCCAAAGACACGUCCCGCGGUGUCCUGACAGUUCCGGCUCCGCCCGCGGGCCACGAGGCGGGGAACGACGGUCACUCCCCUCGGUUGUCCAGAGUACUUGGGCGGCAACGGGGAGCGCCCGGGAGAGACAGGCUUCUGGACGAGGGCUGCGUCUUAGCCGCUUUGCUUAGCUCUCAAGGUCCCGCGUGUUACGUGUUAGCACCGCCCCGGGGCGUCAGCGUGACCCGGAGCUGCAGGAACCGUGAACUCCCUGCCCCGCGGGCCCGGGUGACCGCGGGCAUCGCUCUCCCGCGCGCAGGGGGCGGGGCUUCCCCCGGCUGUGCACUCAGCUACCACAGCGACAUAAGAUGGUGUCCGCUAGGCGUCCCAGGACGGCUUCCUGAGGGACUGGAGGGCCCCGACAGCCGGAGAGUCUGCCCCGCCCCUUGAUCGGCACAGGUAGGACGGCGGGGAGCUCAGAAGUUUCGUACUCCAAGGGCCGAAGCACAGCCAAAUACCCCACGGAACUUAACAAAUGUUUGUGGGGAGAACGCCAAAAACGCGGGGAGGCGUAGCUGGCGCACAGUCACCCUCUCGCGACAUCUAAGUGACGUCGCAUAGCAAGCACGUGUUCUAGUCUUUCACCUUCAGCCAGCCUCCUCCGUUAUACGGGCCUACCCCCUUUAAGCGAGUGAUGGACACUUAUUUCAGCCUAUCAACUUCCUUGCAGACAUCCAAUCAGAUUUAAACUUCUUUUAGCCGCCGGAGGAGUUGGAAAAAGGGGGUCGAAAGAGGGAGCUCACCGUCUCUCGCGAUAUCGUUGUGAGCCUGCCUCUCGAAAAAACGCCGAAACUUGGCCCCACCUCCCAAAUAGUGGUUUAAAGGACGGGUUUAUAAGCCAAUGAAAGGGAUGAGGAGGAGGGGUUGCUGCUUUCACUGAGCAAGAAGUACCGUUACAGGGCAGACUUUUUGUCCAAUCAACACAGCUACACUUUGGGUCACGUGACCGCAGAGUGCGAGGGGCGGAGCUACAGCCUGGCGCGAGGAACCGUUAAGAUCGACAACAAAUGUAACCAAUGAGGUACUCUGACUAGGGGGUUGGGAACCCAAUAACAGUGGUUGGGCGGGCGCCUUCCUGGAGCGCGGGGAGAUGUAAAGAUAGACAAAUAAUUUUCCCAAUGAGACUGUAGAAGAGAGAGCUAAUUGGCCAAUGAGGAAUGCGGGGCGGGAUCCUGUGCCGCGGCGGAGUCCAAGAUGGCGGCGUGCGGUUCCGCUGUGUGAAACGAGCGCGGGGCGGCGGGUUGAUCAGCUCCGCGGAGACGACCUCCGACGACCCGCAACAAUGAAGGGAAAAGAGCGCUCGCCAGUCAAGGCCAAACGCUCCCGUGGUGGUGAGGACUCGACUUCCCGCGGAGAGCGGAGCAAGAAGUUAGGGGGCUCUGGUGGCAGCAAUGGGAGCAGCAGCGGAAAGACCGAUAGCGGCGGCGGGUCGCGGCGGAGUCUCCACCUGGACAAGUCCAGCAGUCGAGGUGGCAGCCGCGAGUAUGACACCGGUGGGGGCAGCUCCAGUAGCCGCUUGCAUAGUUAUAGCUCCCCGAGCACCAAAAAUUCUUCGGGCGGGGGCGAGUCGCGCAGCAGCUCCCGGGGUGGAGGCGGGGAGUCACGUUCCUCUGGGGCCGCCUCCUCAGCUCCCGGCGGCGGGGACGGCGCGGAAUACAAGACUCUGAAGAUAAGCGAGUUGGGGUCCCAGCUUAGUGACGAAGCGGUGGAGGACGGCCUGUUUCAUGAGUUCAAACGUUUCGGUGAUGUAAGUGUCAAAAUCAGUCAUCUGUCGGGUUCUGGCAGCGGGGAUGAGCGGGUAGCCUUUGUGAACUUCCGGCGGCCAGAGGACGCGCGGGCGGCCAAGCAUGCCAGAGGCCGCCUGGUGCUCUAUGACCGGCCUCUGAAGAUAGAAGCUGUGUAUGUGAGCCGGCGCCGCAGCCGCUCCCCUUUAGACAAAGAUACUUAUCCUCCAUCAGCCAGCGUGGUCGGGGCCUCUGUAGGUGGUCACCGGCACCCCCCUGGAGGUGGUGGAGGCCAGAGAUCACUUUCCCCUGGUGGCGCUGCUUUGGGAUACAGAGACUACCGGCUGCAGCAGUUGGCCCUUGGCCGCCUGCCCCCUCCACCUCCGCCACCAUUGCCUCGAGAGCUGGAGAGAGAAAGAGACUACCCGUUCUAUGAGAGAGUGCGCCCUGCAUACAGUCUUGAGCCAAGGGUUGGAGCUGGAGCAGGUGCUGCUCCUUUCAGAGAAGUGGAUGAGAUUUCACCUGAGGAUGAUCAGCGAGCUAACCGGACGCUUUUCUUGGGCAACCUAGACAUCACUGUAACGGAGAGUGAUCUAAGAAGGGCGUUUGAUCGCUUUGGAGUCAUCACAGAAGUAGAUAUCAAGAGGCCUUCUCGCGGCCAGACUAGUACUUACGGCUUUCUCAAAUUUGAGAACUUAGAUAUGUCUCACCGGGCCAAAUUAGCAAUGUCCGGCAAAAUUAUAAUUCGGAAUCCUAUCAAAAUUGGUUAUGGUAAAGCUACACCCACCACCCGCCUCUGGGUGGGAGGCCUGGGACCUUGGGUUCCUCUUGCUGCCCUGGCACGAGAAUUUGAUCGAUUUGGCACCAUACGCACCAUAGACUACCGAAAAGGUGAUAGUUGGGCGUAUAUCCAGUAUGAAAGCCUGGAUGCAGCGCAUGCUGCCUGGACCCAUAUGCGGGGCUUCCCACUUGGUGGCCCAGAUCGACGCCUUAGAGUAGACUUUGCCGACACCGAACAUCGUUAUCAGCAGCAGUAUCUGCAGCCUCUGCCCUUGACUCAUUAUGAGCUGGUGACAGAUGCUUUUGGACAUCGGGCACCUGACCCUUUGAGGGGUGCUCGGGAUAGGACACCACCCUUACUAUACAGAGAUCGUGAUAGGGACCUUUAUCCUGACUCUGAUUGGGUGCCACCCCCACCCCCAGUCCGAGAACGUAGCACUCGGACUGCAGCUACUUCUGUGCCUGCUUACGAGCCACUGGAUAGCCUUGAUCGCAGGCGGGAUGGUUGGUCCUUGGACCGGGACAGAGGUGAUCGAGAUCUGCCCAGCAGCAGAGACCAGCCUAGGAAGCGAAGGCUGCCUGAGGAGAGUGGAGGACGUCAUCUGGAUAGGUCUCCUGAGAGUGACCGCCCACGAAAACGUCACUGCGCUCCUUCUCCUGACCGCAGUCCAGAAUUGAGCAGUAGCCGGGAUCGUUACAACAGCGACAAUGAUCGAUCUUCCCGUCUUCUCUUGGAAAGGCCCUCUCCAAUCAGAGACAGACGAGGUAGUUUGGAGAAGAGUCAGGGUGACAAGCGAGACCGUAAAAACUCUGCAUCAGCUGAACGAGAUAGGAAGCACCGGACAACUGCUCCCACUGAGGGAAAAAGCCCUCUGAAAAAAGAAGACCGCUCUGAUGGGAGUGCACCUAGCACCAGCACUGCUUCCUGCAAGCUGAAGUCCCCGUCUCAGAAACAGGAUGGGGGGACAGCCUCUGCGGCAGCAGCCUCUCCCAAACUCUGUUUGGCCUGGCAGGGCAUGCUUCUACUGAAGAACAGCAACUUUCCUUCCAACAUGCAUCUGUUGCAGGGUGACCUCCAAGUGGCUAGUAGUCUUCUUGUGGAGGGUUCAACUGGAGGCAAAGUGGCCCAGCUCAAGAUCACUCAGCGGCUCCGUUUGGACCAGCCCAAGUUGGAUGAAGUAACUCGACGCAUCAAAGUAGCAGGGCCCAAUGGUUAUGCCAUUCUUCUGGCUGUGCCUGGAAGUUCUGACAGCCGGUCCUCCUCUUCCUCAGCUGCAUCAGACACUGCCACUUCUACUCAGAGGCCACUUAGGAACCUUGUGUCCUAUUUAAAGCAAAAGCAGGCAGCCGGGGUGAUCAGCCUCCCUGUGGGGGGCAACAAAGACAAGGAAAACACCGGGGUCCUUCAUGCCUUCCCACCUUGUGAGUUCUCCCAGCAGUUCCUGGAUUCCCCUGCAAAGGCACUGGCCAAAUCUGAAGAAGAUUACCUGGUCAUGAUCAUUGUCCGUGCAAAACUGGUUGAACAGCGGAUGAAGAUAUGGAAUUCAAAGCUCUAAUGGACCUUUUUGAAGAGAAGUUGUGGCUUAUGUGGAGUUUACAUGGGCCUCUGAUGGAAGAAAGCUAAUCUGUUUAGUAUUUGUGCAUUUUACUAAAAUGGCAGCUUAAAGUUGUGUAUCUGCUAUUGUGAUGCCAAUGCCGGUGUUUUAAGUGGAAAAAAAAUGACCUCUUUGCUUUGUGCUGUGUACACAAGAUUUCUGGAAAAGUAAAGAAAAACCCUUUUUAUGGCUCACACAGCUUAAGAGUAGCUGUCUCUCAAACGUGCGCUCACAGUUGAGCUGCUUUUGUUUUAUUCUAAAUAAAUUGUUUCUUUUGAGGAAAAUGUUUUUCUGCCUGGAAGUGAAUUGACGGCAAACCUUUGACCCCUUUGUUUGCAGCCGAGGGGGUACUUGCUGCUGCUCAGAUCUUGUAUGUCUUGAGCAAGAAGCAGGGAGACCAUCAAUUUCAUUUUGACUAUCACGGUGUGUCAAUUCUGAAGGAUCACUAGUGUUACUGUUGACCCCCUUUGUUUGCAGUGAAGGGGAUCAUUUGCUUCUCGGUUCUCAACGUGAUGAGGAAAUGGUGCUGUUUGCUGGCACGCAAGAAGCCGGGGCAGGCACCCUAAGCCUCACCACAGUGCCUGAGUCGGGGGCUUUUGCUGGUUUGAAGAGCUGGAGUUGCUGAAAUUUAAGUUUUGAUUUAUUUUGUUCACCCAUCACGUUUGGCCUUAGUUUCAUUUUUAAUUUGAAGAAAAGUUUGAAAUUGCUUUAUCUUGCACUUAACAUUUGCACCAAAUUGCCAAAAGAAGGAGAAAUGCUCCGUUUGCUUUUUAAAUGUUAAUGAUGAUGUUAAUAAAGCCUUUCCUGACACAUUUGAGGAGCUCCUCCGUCUCCAGGGGCUUCUUACCAGAGUUAUACAGUGAUGGGUUUAGUUCUGAAUGGAUGAAGAGUUCCUGAGAGCUAGCGUUUGUAAUUAGAACCGUUACUUGGUAUCUGUGCCUUAUUUGACCUUUGGUUCCACAUGCCUUGGAUGUGCAUGCACCGUGACGGUUUCAUAGGUACGAACGCACACUCAGGCCCAGUCACUUCGGUUGGUAGUACAGAUUGUGAGGAAAAAGAUGGAGGCAUCCUUAAGGAGGAAAAAUGUUUGCCUUUAGUUCCUGCAUUAUCCUGUACAGGGGCUCCUGAGUUUUGGAAGCCUGUUCCCAGUACAGGAGAACAACUCCCCUGUUUGCAGCAGCAGACUUCGGUGCACAGUGACAACGCUGGAGUUCAAGAGGAAGCCAGCAAUGCUGCACCAUUGGCUUCAGACACCAUUGUUGUUGUUUGCCAGUUUUAAACUUAACUAGUUGCAGACGAAGACCACCUUGAAAUGCAGGCUUGUUGGGCUUGUUUUGAAUUUUAACCUCGGAUGGAAGAGCCCUAGUGCUGUCUGUCUCCAUGCGGGAUGAUGAUUGCUAGGCAACAGGUGAUUAUCAACAAAGGAUGCCACGGUUAUACUCUGCAAGGUGGUGUUCCAGUGGCAAACAGCUGUAUAAACUCUUGUAAACAGGAACUACUGACAAAAACCUAUAGUCGACUUUGGGAUCUGACUUUAUUAUUCAGCAACUCAAAGAUGAGUUCUAAUUGGCAGACUUCUGGCACUGGCACUUGUCCUCCUGUUUCUAUAGAAACUGGGUUGGAAGUCAGAGCUGCACAAAGGGAAAGGGAAGGAGAGAAGUAUUGUUCAUGUAAUGUGUUACCUUUUUUGUCUGUGUGAUCUACAAGAGCAUGGCUGAAAUGUUACCAUUUUUAAGUAGUGUUUUGACUGAUGAUUAUUAUGAGAAGUUUUACUUUUGUUAGAUUCCUAAUUUAAAAUGCCUAUACUCUUUUAUAGGAGUUUCAACUUUUGCAAUUUGGUAAUAACAGAUUUAGGUAAGUAAAAAAUGAGAAUCUCAUACAGUUCUGAAGAUCUAAGUUUGGUUGAGAAUUUAAUGUUUCGUCACCAGUAAACCUUUUGAUUCAGUUAAGGACUCAGUUCUGCCUACAUCUGUAAGAACUGAGUUGAUCUGUACAUCAACAUUUCUAAUGUUUCUUUGGUAGUUGCUGCUGGAGUCAGAAGUUAGGAACAAAUCUAAUGGCCUUUGUAAUGUCCUCUGUCAUUUCACCGAGGAAUGACUUAGAGGAACAAAGCUUUCCUGUAAUUUCUUUCUUCAACAGAUGGUUAAGGGCACAGCAUUGCAGUUAGAAUCUUGUUUAAGAUACUAGGAGCACGUCCUGGACUAAAAAUUUCUACAUAAGCUUUAGCAAUAACCUUAUAACUUGCUUUGACUUUUUUGUAGAGCUUACAGAAUGUAUGGCUGCCUAAGUAAUACUCUCUGAAUUAAUGGGUAAAAAAAAAUAUUAUGAGUUUUUUAUCCUUACAUAUGGUGCUAGGAUAUACUGGAUUUGGGCUAACAAAAGCUUGUUAACUUUUUUUUGUCUCAUUGACAAAAGUAUUUUAUAUCUCAUAUUUUACAUUACAUAGGUGUGUGUGUGUAUGAAAUAAAAGUUUGAAAAUAAAGUGAUAUAUUCUAUUUU